GUGCUACUACUAUUGUUCAUUUUUGUGGACAAUAUUUCUCAACACCAACAAUAGCAUCAACCUUACCUUUCAAGAUUUAUCCUUGUUUCUCAACUUUUCUUCAGUGCUGCCCUGGUCUUCCACUGUGCUUAUAGUGUGUGCCUGUUGUUUACCAACCAAGGCCAUGGUUGAGAGCUGAAGUUUAUAAUUUAUUAGUGGCUAUUAUUCUAUAGGCAACACAUUCAACCAUGAUUAAAGUUUGGUUCUUGGCGUUGAUGGUUCUCUCCAAUGGGUUUUCUUCAACUGGGGCUGGCAUUCAGAAUUCCACAAUACCUGAUUUUGUAAAUAUUGGAGCUCUCUUCUCUUUCAAUACCAGUGUUGGUAGAUGUAUACGAAUUGCUAUAGAAGCUGCUGUUGAAGAUGUGAAUUCGGAUCCAAAUAUUCUUGGUAAAACUAAGCUGAAGGUCUCACCUCAAGAAGAUUCUAAAUAUAGAGGUUUUCUGAGCAUUUCUGAGGUUUUGCAGGUUAUGUCGAGACACACUGUGGCAAUAAUUGGCCCUCAUACCUCUGUAACAGCUCACGUGAUAACUCAUAUUGCAAAUGAGCUCCAAGUUCCUCUGCUGUCAUUUUCAGCUUUGGACCCAACCCUUUCUUCACUUCAGUUCCCAUUCUUUGUUAGAACUUGUCACAGUGAUCUUUAUCAAAUGACUGCAGUAGCAGACCUCGUGAACUAUUAUAGUUGGAAAGAUGUUAUUGCUGUUUAUAUUGAUGAUGAUAAUGGGAGGAAUGGAAUAGUGGCAUUAGGGGAUAAGCUUGCAGAGAGACGUUGCAGGAUCUCAUAUAAAGCACCUUUGAGCCCUAAUGCAACUCAGGAGGAGAUUACUAAUGUGCUUGUUCAGGUGGCUCUGGCAGAAUCAAGGGUUAUAGUUGUUCAUGCCAAUACUGAAGGGGGUCCCAAGGUGUUUAGUGUUGCAAAGUUUCUUGGGAUGAUGGAAAAUGGUUAUGUGUGGAUAGCCACUGGUUUUCUAUCUGCUUUGCUUGAUAUGAAUAGUCCUCGCCCUUUAGAUUUUAUGGAUGAUAUUCAAGGAGUUAUAACACUACGUGUGUACACGCCAGAUUCUGAGCUCAAAAGAAGGUUUGUUUCUAGAUGGAAAAACUUGACUAGUGGAGAGACUGCUAAUGGCCCCCUUGGAUUGAGCUUUUUACCUCUCUUUGCAUAUGAUACUGUUUAUUUGCUUGCUCAUGCACUUGAUGCAUUUUUCAAACAUGGGAACACAAUUUCGUUCUCAAAUGAUUCAAAGUUAUCUGCACUUCGUGGAGACACCUUGCAUCUUGAUUCUUUGAACGUCUUUAAUGAAGGAAAUUUGUUACGUAGAAGCAUUUAUGAGGUUAACAUGACUGGUGUAUCAGGUCCAUUCAAGUAUACAUCUAAUAGAGACCUUGUGAACCCUGCAUAUGAUAUCAUCAAUGUGAUUGGAACUGGGUCUCGGAGGAUUGGUUAUUGGUCUAAUUACUCUGGAUUAUCAGUUGUUCCUCCAGAAGCUCUUUAUUCCAAACCAGCCAAUCAUUCUAAGAUAAGUCAAAAGGUGUUCCCUGUGAUUUGGCCUGGAGACACAGACCAGAAGCCUCGUGGUUGGGUUUUUCCAAACAAUGCAAGGCUCUUAAAAAUUGGAGUACCAAUAAGUGUUAGUUACCAUGAAUUUGUCUCACAUGUACAAGGCACUGCUGAUUCAUUUGAGGGAUUCUGCAUUGAUGUAUUUCUUUCUGCUUUGAACUUGUUGCCUUAUGCUGUCCCCUAUAAGUUUGUCCCAUACGGGGAUGGUCGUAACAAUCCUAGUUUGACUGAGCUUGUCCGUCUCAUCACAACGGGUGAAUUUGAUGGUGCUGUAGGUGACAUUGCAAUUACUACAGAAAGAACAAGAAUGGUGGAUUUUACUCAGCCAUAUAUUGAGUCUGGUCUAGUGGUAGUAGCACCAGUUAAGAAGGCAGAAUCCAGUGCUUUGGCCUUUUUGUCUCCAUUUACGCCAACUUUGUGGUUUGUCACAGCUGUCUCUUUCAUAGUAGUCGGAGCUGUUAUUUGGAUUUUGGAGCAUAGGGUGAAUGAUGAUUUUAGAGGUCCACCCAAAAGACAACUAGUUACUAUUUUAUGGUUUAGUUUUUCAACUAUGUUCUUUUCCCACAAGGAAAAUACAGUGAGCACACUUGGUCGCUUUGUGCUGAUUAUAUGGUUAUUUGUAGUUCUUAUAAUUACCUCAAGUUACACAGCAAGCCUAACCUCAAUCCUCACAGUGCAACAGCUUUCUUCACCCAUCAAAGGCAUUGAAAGUUUAGUAAAUAGUAAAGAUCCUAUUGGGUACACACAGGCUUCUUUUGUUAGAAAUUAUUUAGUUCAGGAACUUGGCAUUGAUGAGUCCAGGCUUGUUCCACUGAAAACACCAGAAGAAUCUGCUAAAGCACUGAAAAAGGGUCCCCAAGAUGGUGGUGUUGCUGCUUACGUUGAUGAACGUGCCUACAUGGAUCUCUUCCUAUCAAGCCGGUGUGAUUUUACUAUUGUAGGUCAAGAGUUCACCAGAAACGGUUGGGGAUUUGCCUUUCCACGAGACUCGCCAUUAGCAGUUGACCUGUCAACAGCCAUUUUGGAAAUGGCAGAGAAUGGAGAUUUACAAAGGAUCCAUGACAAAUGGCUUUUGAGUAGUGCUUGUUUGUCACAAGGUGCAAAGCUUGAAGUGGAAAGACUAGAACUUAGAAGUUUUUGGGGGCUCUAUGUAAUCUGUGGGUGUGCCUGUUUGCUUGCUCUCUUCAUAUAUAUUAUACAGAUAAUAAGGCAGUACAUCAAGCACUAUUCAGACGAGCUUGAGUCUCCAGAAGGAUCAGGAUCUGGAUCUUCACAUCUACGGACUUUCCUUUCAUUUGUUGAUGAAAAAGAAGAGACCGUUAAGAACCGUUCCAAGAGAAGGAAAAUGGAGAGGAUGUCCUACAGAAGCAGUGAGGGAGGAUCUUCCAUCAACUACAAUAAAGGAUAUGCUUAGUCAUCUUCAUACAGAAGUUAUUGUGCUAAUGAAGCCUGAACAACUGUUUGCCUAUUUCCUCCACAUCAUUUUCUAGCAUCUGAUGCCAACUUUGUCCGCAUCACCCGCCAUCCCUAUUGCAACUACUAGUAUAUUUUUUUUUUUAUACUUUUUAAGUACAUACAUAUGUAUAGGAAAUGUCUAUUUGGAACGGACCGUAAUGUAGGAGUGUAGGGAACAGGGAGGCGUUGCAACUUUUGUUCCUAACGAUUUCUGAAGAUUACAUACGACAUAACGAAAUCAAAUGAAAAAUCAAAUA